CAAGAACACAAAAGUGAAUAACACUUGGGAAUUUUAAUACCUGAAGAUGUCUCACAUAGCUGUGGAGAGGAACAGGAGAAGGCAAAUGAACGAGCAUCUCAAGGUUUUACGCGAUUUGACACCAUGCUUCUAUAUUAAGAGGGGCGACCAAGCAUCCAUCGUAGGAGGAGUAAUAGAAUUCAUCAAGGAGUUGGACCAGGUCCUUCAAUCUUUGGAGUCCAAGAAGCGCAGGAAGAGCUUAAGCCCUAGCCCUAGUCCUAGCCCAAGGCAACUCCCUACUCCUAGUCCAAGACAAGUAUUCCAACGACCUCCUCCCUCUCUUCCUCUUCUUCUUCCUCCUCCUCCACCUCCUACUCCUACUCCCACUCCUGAGAGUACCUUUGGGCUUGAAAAUAUUGAAGACCUGGGGGCGGCGUGCUUCAAUUCUCAGGUUGCAGAAGUUGAGGCCAAGAUCUCUGGUUCCAAUGUCAUUCUCAGAACAAUAUCUAAGAGAAUCCCGGGACAAAUUGUGAAAAUUAUAAGCCUCUUAGAGAAACUUGCCUUCGAGAUCCUCCAUAUCAGCAUCAGUAGCAUGGAAGACACUGUUUUAUGCUCAUUCGUUAUUAAGAUUGGGCUCGAAUGCCAGCUAAGUUUGGAGGAUCUAGCUGCUGAAGUUCAACAGAGUUUUUGCCAAGAUGUUAGUUUUGUCAAUUAGACAGGUUUGUAAGAUUGAUCAGACAUAUUUUCUAAUAAGAAUGUUGUAAUUAUGUAAAGUAGAACAAUUUAUUUCUUUUGCAUACUUGAGCUGCUGAGUGGUGACAAUUCUUUCUACUCUUUGAAGUUAUCCGAUAAAGAUAGAGAAGGAAAGCGUGGCCCUUGUGCAUGGAAUGAUAAGCAUAAAAGAGAAAUGCAGAUUGCUAACCUCUCCUCAUCCUCAUUUUUCCAUGAAAAAUAUUUAUUGUAGUUGAAGUUGGUGAAAAAAAAAAAAUUUGUAACCUUACUUUUUUUGCAAUUUAAUAUUAA